AUGUUUUCGUGUAUGUUACAGGUUAUAAAAUCCAAAUCGCGUUACCUAACUCUUACUUGGACCACAGACUCCAGUUUUGAAUACCGUGGUUGGCGUAUCGACUACGAAUUCAUCCCAGAAGGAUCAGAAUGUGGAUUUACUACGCAUGCAAUGUCCGGGGUAGUACAUUCACCUGGUUGGCCUAAAGACUACGGUAAUGAUGAGGAGUGCAUUUGGGAUAUACAGGUCCCACUUGGAUAUCAUAUUCACCUCCAAUUCACUCAUUUUGACAUCGCACCAUCGGAGGAUUGCGCGAAGGAUGCACUUACAAUCUCUCAAGAACAUUCGUCCCGAGCAUUUGCACCUGUUGGUGACUACUUCUUCCUGUUUGAAGAUGAAGAAGCUCAUGCACCACUUUGUGGAAUUACCCUACCAAAAGCCUUCCGUUCAGAAAGCAAUAGAAUAAGGCUCAAUUUCACAAGUGACGAGUCGACUACAGCGGCCGGUUUCCGCGCCGAAUGGAAAGCUGGUAAUUUUACUACA